AUGCAUCCGAGGAUCAUUUUGGAGUAUCAUGGCAUCAACGGAGAUCUCGAGACCAAGUCGAUCGAACUUGGCAGCCUUGAUCCGGAGACAGAUGUGGACGCCUUGGUGAAGAAGCUGGUCCGUGAAGAGGGGCUCAUCUCCGAGAGCAACAAGGAGGCCCUGCAAAAGAUGAUCUUCAAGCUCAUGGACAAGAUCAAAGAUCAGGAGAGUCAACGAUUUGAGUUGGUGCAAAUCUUGCGAGGUCACCUUUUGCCAUUGACCAGUUGCUCUUUCAACAAGUCCUGCUCAAAGAUCCUCACGGCCUCCUUUGACCGCAGCUGUCGAGUUUGGGACGUUUUUGGCGAGGAACUUCUGACAUUGGAGGGCCACGAUGGCCCCGUGAACGCCGCGGCCUUCAACAACCCUUUGGGCGAUCGCAUUGUGACCGGCAGUGGGAAGUUGGCGCGGCUUUGGGAUGCCAACAGCGGGCAAUGUCUCCACGUGCUGAAGGGCCAUGAGGGACGUAUCACCUGUGCGAGUUUCAAUUUGCAAAGUUCCGUCCUAUGCACUGGUAGCUCUGAUGGCGGCCUGAAGCUGUGGGACGUGGAAAUUGGCCUCGCGAUUUUGUCCCUGCGCGGGCAUUCUGGUGACAUCUCGUCAGUGAGCUUCAGCACAGAUGGUGAUAAGAUUCUGAGCGGCUCCUUCGACAACACUGCCAAAAUUUGGGAUGUUCGAACUGGAAAAUGCCUUCACACGUUGUCCGGGCAUGGCAGUGAGAUCAAAUCCAAGCAACUCCAAGAUGGACAUCGCGGCUACAUCUCAGCCGCAUCCUUCGACUUCGCUGGGCAUUUGUGCCUCACUGGAAGCUUUGACGGAACAUGCAAGCUUUGGAGAGUGAAAAAUGGGAGGUGUAUGGACACCCUGAGAGGCCGGUGUCACGAGAAAUUGCAUUUUCAAUGUGCUGAAGGCUGA